CCGGGCCUGCGCGCCGACGUUCCGCUGCUCCUAGCGCUACCGGAAGUGGCCGGGCCCAAGGCGGAGGGACCCGGCCGAGCGGAAGUCACUCCGUGAGGCAGUGGCGAAGGCGGCGGUGAGAGGAUGAACAACAAGUUCGACGCCUUGAAAGAUGAUGACAGUGGGGACCAUGACCAGAAUGAAGAAAACAGCACACAGAAAGAUGGUGAGAAGGAAAAAACGGAACGAGACAAGAGUCAGACCAGCAGCAAGAGGAAGGCUGUUGUCCCUGGACCAGCAGAGCAUCCCCUGCAGUACAACUACACUUUCUGGUACUCCAGGAGAACCCCCGGCCGGCCCACUAGCUCACAGAGCUAUGAGCAGAAUAUCAAACAGAUUGGCACCUUUGCAUCUGUGGAGCAGUUCUGGAGAUUUUACAGCCACAUGGUACGUCCCGGGGACCUGACAGGCCACAGUGACUUCCAUCUCUUCAAAGAAGGAAUUAAGCCCAUGUGGGAGGAUGAUGCAAAUAAAAAUGGUGGCAAGUGGAUUAUUCGGCUGCGGAAGGGCUUGGCAUCCCGUUGCUGGGAGAAUCUCAUCCUGGCCAUGUUGGGGGAACAGUUCAUGGUUGGGGAGGAGAUCUGUGGGGCUGUGGUCUCUGUCCGGUUUCAGGAGGAUAUCAUUUCCAUAUGGAAUAAGACUGCCAGCGACCAAGCCACCACAGCCCGGAUCCGGGAUACACUCCGGCGAGUGCUUAACCUACCUCCCAAUACCAUUAUGGAGUACAAGACCCACACCGACAGCAUCAAAAUGCCAGGCAGGCUGGGCCCCCAAAGGCUACUUUUUCAAAACCUCUGGAAGACGCGGGUGAAUGUGCCGUGACCCUGUCCCUUUCUGGAUGGCACCAUCACUGAAGCUGGCCCCACCGGAGUCUCUUGUUUUGUUGGCGUGCUACCUGGAAGAUCCUUCUGUCCUGGACGAGAGGACUUGGACGAGCAUUUGAUGUUUUCAGAACAGGCUGACACCAGCAGCUACGCCAGCUGCUGAGAUCGUUCAAUAAACGGUGCUAAACUA